AUGGACCCAAAUAUCUUCUUCUCAACACCACACUCUUUACUUAUUCUUACUCGGUUUUCGGGCCCAUUCACGCAUCCAACCUCGUUCACUUGUACACCAGACGGGCAUCUCUUCUCGACCAAGCUUCUUGCAUCACCAACACUUGACGACAAGGCCAAGAUGCAGCUCAUCAACCUCGCCACUUUCCUCGCCGUUGGCGUCUCGCUCGUGCUGGGUCACGUUGUGCCACAUGUCCAAGACAAUGCCCCUCCAGACGUGGCUGCUGACGCCAUGUUGACUUUGAAUGCAAGUUUUGCCCGCCCAUCCAUUUGGCCAGUCCAAAGCUGA